GGUCCCGGCGCGGCCGGAGGGAAUAAAAUCGCGGCCGGCCGCCUGUUCCCCGCGCUGGCUGCAGCUAAGCCGCGGGCAGAGCCGGCAGCGAGGCCCGGCUGGUGGCUGCGCUGCGGGGGACGUUUCUCUGCUCGCCAUGGCCGCUCCCGCGGGGCGCAGAGCCCCCCUGGCGCUGGGGCUGACCGGGCUGGUCUUCGCCCUGUGCGGCCUUGUCCUGCUCUUCGUCCUGCCCAGCAUGGUCCGGGACCAGGUCAUCAAGAACGUGAGGAUCGAUCCCAAUAGCAUCGCCUUCGGUAUGUGGAAAGACGUUCCUGUUCCUUUUUACCUGUCAGCCUACUUCUUUGAGGUGCUGAAUCCAAAAGAGAUUCGUCUGGGAGCCAAGCCAGUGGUGAAUCAGCGUGGGCCUUAUGUUUACAGAGAAUACAGGUAUAAAACCAAUAUAACUUUCCAUGACAAUGGUACAGUUUCCUUCCUGGAAUACCGGACGUUUUUCUUCCAGCCAGACCUGUCUGAUGGGGUGGAAGAGGAUUACAUUGUUGUGCCAAACAUCCUUGUGAUGGGCGCAGCCAUUAUGAUGGAGAAGCUACCUCACUUUUUGAAGGUGUUAAUAAGUGGCGCACUGGCUGGCUUGGGACAGGACGCUUUUAUGAACCGAACCGUGGGAGAGAUCAUGUGGGGCUAUGACGACCCGCUUAUAGAUGUGCUGAACAAUUUUGUGCCCGGUUUGAUCCCUUUCAAGGGGAAGUUUGGCUUAUUUAUGGAUUUUAACAACUCGAAUACAGGACUGUUCACUGUGUAUACUGGGGCCACAGACAUCAAUCAAAUCCACAUAGUGGAUACAUGGAAUGGAUUAAAAAAGGUGAAUUACUGGCACUCCAAUGAGUGUAACAUGAUCAAUGGGACUUCUGGAGAGAUGUGGCCUCCUUUCAUGACCCCUUCCUCUUCUCUAGAGUUUUAUAGUCCUGAUGCCUGUCGAUCCAUGAAGCUAGUGUACGAGCAGUCUGGAGUAUUUAAAGGGGUGCCGACCUAUCGCUUUGUGGCUCCGAAGACUUUAUUUGCUAACGGAACAGAUUAUCCACCAAAUGAAGGCUUCUGCCCCUGCAGGGAAUCUGGAAUCCAGAAUGUCAGCACCUGUAGAAUGAAUGCACCAGUGUUCAUAUCCCACCCACACUUCUACAAUGCUGACCCUGUCUUGGUGGAAGCCGUCGAUGGAUUACAUCCCAAUAAGGAGCAGCAUGGGCUCUUCCUUGACGUUCAUCCGGUCACGGGAAUUCCAAUGAACUGCUCCAUCAAGCUGCAACUGAGUCUGUAUAUAAAGAAGGUCUCUGGCAUAAGUCAAACAGGACAGAUCAAGCCAGUUGUCUUGCCUAUACUUUGGUUUGCAGAGAGCGGGGCCAUUGAAGGUUCAGUCUUAAAGCAGUUCUACACCAACCUGGUACUGAUCCCAUCUGUGCUGGAGUAUGUGCAAUAUAUCUGCAUCGGUCUGGGUGUCGCUUUGAUUGUUGCUGCCAUUGUACUGGAGGUAAAGAGACAGAGAAACGCCAGAGAGAAGAGCCCACGAGAGCCAGACCCACAGACUGAACCAUCUUGGUCUUCAGAAACAACACCACUCCUUCAAGACGCUAGUAAAACAAACCAGACCAAUGCUGCUGAAGCCUGAAGUGCCGAUCUCUUACAGGAGGGUGAUUCCCACUGGUACCUGUGACUGCUUAGGGAUCAGACUCACUUUGGGUCCAUUGGCAGGAUCCUAGAAAGGAGAUGCAGAGUUGGGUAAAAUAACUGAUUCUGAACAAUCUUGAGAGAGGCACAAAAUACUCUCUGAGGCUAUUGAACUGUAUUGCCACAGCUCAGACUUCCUGCACCAAGACACGAGAUGAGGAUAAAACCAGUUCAGUCCUAGCAUUUGAAAUACAAAAUAUUCAACAUUUGUUGGCCUGGGGCUGGCAUGGGCUGAGACCUCUCACCUGCUACUUUUAGCCUGGCAGGGAUGAAGAAUACCUGCUGGCUAAUCCCCCUGAAGAGUCCUUUCCUCUGCCCACAUAGUGUCUUUCCACCUAGAAGAUGAGAAUCCUAAAAGAAAUAGGCACUUUAAUAGCUAAUCCUGUAAAGCAAACAAGGUUUACAUGUGGUGUAGAAAUGACGACUGGUUUAAUAUAGGAAAAUGUCUGUAUUUAACAACCUGGGCUGCUCAAGGCUUAUGGAGAGGUGCUUACUAAAUAGAUCUACACUGGCUGACGUUCACACCCGAUUUGGGAGAACUAGGGGGGAUGGGUUCACUUGCUCAAGUUCACUGAGUGUGGAAAUCAGUUCACAUGCCACAUAUCUUAAGAGACGUAUGCUGCCAACUUUUUUAAUAGACCAGUAUUAGGCUAGGCAGCCAUGUACAGGUGUAAGAUUCAAGGUUGUGAUUGCGGUUUUGGAGGGGUGCUGCUCUAGACUGAAGGCUCAUUCAUCACUGCUUUUAAAGUGUAGUGGGUUUUUCCAAAAUGAGCAACUUGGUUUAUCUGGCUAGUUGGUUCCCAAGUGCCAUUGUUUAGACACGUGGCAGUGGCUCUCAUUUUGAUUUUUGCUAAAGCAAUAUUGUUUAGCUCCCUGGCUAUCCUGCCCGCACUUCUGUGGUGCACUCAUGCAGAAGCCACUGACUUUUAAACUUGUAUGGUGACCACUUACUCUUUACAAGUCUUUAGUUUUUCCCUGGAUUUCAAAUUAAUCAGAGCUCUUCUACCUACACAGAGCCAACCAGCUGCAUUGCAUUGUUCCACACAUGACCUCAGACUCUAGUAGAAUAAUGAGAAAUGUCUUUAAGCAUGACACUGUAAAAUGUCACCACAGGUAAGAGCUAUUCCAGAGCUGCUCCAUUCCCCAAUCCAAUGAGAUUUCUUCCUUGCAGUGUGACACUUGUGCUACCACGUAAGGAUGGGAACUGAAAAUUAGCUGGUAGAAUGGGAGGCAGGUCACAAAA